UAUCGAAGACGACUAGAAUCAAACCGAAGUAGAAAGUAGAAACGCAGGUGAGGAAGUAAUCCCAAUUCUCAACAAUGGCGUCUGGUAGCGAAAGCGUGGCUUUGGAAAGAAAGCUAAAAAUCGUAUCGGCUCUCUGUAAAUCCCGAUCUCUGGACCCUGCAAAAUUCUUGGAUGAUGUGAAGAAUGACCUUAAAAGCUUGAGUCUUAACAUUGUGAAGGCUGCUCUUGAGAACAAUGUGGAUUUCAACAAGUGGGUAACAUUUGCUGAAAACUUCCCAUCAGAUCCUGAGGCAUGUCUAAAGGGCUUAAGCCAAUUAAAUGAAUACUUGACUGAGAAAUCUGUUCUUGUGGGUGGUGGAUCCACCCCUUCUGAAGCUGAUAUAAUUGUUUUUUCAACUGUUCAUCCAUAUGUGAUUAGUCUUGCGGUUUCAGACAAGAAUAAACUGCCACAUCUUAUGAGAUGGAUUGAUUAUAUUCAGAACAAGCAUGACUUAAAAGAGCUGUUUGAGUGGAUUUUGGUAGAGAAGGCCCCAUUCGAUCCUCCAUUGGCAAAAGUGACAGCAAAGGUGGAAGGCGAGUCAAGUACAAAGAAGGCUGAGUCAAGCACAAAAACGGCCGAGUCAAAUACAAAAGCAUCAAGUUCAAAAGCUGAAGCCCAGAAAAAAUCUGAUGGGUCGAAGAAACAAACAGAAACAGCCACAGAGAAGAAGAAAUUGCCUGAAAAGGCAGCAGAUGAGAAAGAAAAAGAAAAAGAAAAAGAAAAAGAAUUAAGUGUGAGUUUAUUGAAAAUACAGGUUGGACUCAUUCGUAAAGCCUCCAAACAUCCCUCAGCCGACAGUUUAUUGGUGGAGGAGAUAGAUGUUGGGGAGAGUAAAUGCAGGCAGGUGGUUAGUGGUUUAGCAAAGUUUUGCACUCCAGAAGAGUUAACGAAUCGUCUUGUGGCAUUAAUUACAAAUGUGAAACCUGGAAAGUUAAGAGAUGUGGUUUCAGAAGGACUGGUGCUAUGUGCUUCAAAUGCAGAUCAUACAGUCGUGGAGCCUUUGGUUGUUCCCCAAGGGGCUAAAAUUGGGGAAUGUGUCACAUUUUCCGGGCACGAAGGGAAGCCAGAAGACGUCUUGAACCCCAAGAAGAAACAACUUGACAAGAUAACACCGAAUCUUUUCACAGAUGAGAAGGGUGUGGCCACAUUCAAAGGAGCCCCAUUUAUGACAUCUGCUGGACCAUGCACAUCUUCCAUACCCAAAGCCACUAUCAAAUGAUGAUGAUGAUGAUGAUGAUGUGUGUAAUUGGUAUUUUUCUCACAUAUGCUAUUAGCUAUCCGAUACUUGUUUGUAUAAACUAUAUGUAUGCAUGAUCAACAGCCCAAAGUUUUGAGUUUUGACCUUGGCUUGCUUCCUUAUUGAUAUGGCUAUUAUUCAACACAGAA